AUGACUGGAAUACCCCGUGAUAAGGCAGAACACAAGCUAGCAACACUCCUCGGCAUCAAGCCGGUCGCACAGGGUAAACGUAGUAUGGCUCCGGAUCGAAAGGCAGCGGUUGUCAAAGAAGUACGAAUGUUGGUGGAAGCUGGAAUUCUCAGAGAAACAAAAUAUCAUACAUGGGUAUCAAACCCUGUGAUGGUAAAGAAGCCAGACGGCACAUGGCGAAUGUGCAUCGAUUUUAAAGAUCUAAAUAAAGCAUGCCCCAAAGAUGCAUACCCACUCCCCGAAAUGGAUUUUAAGGUUGAUUCUCUGGUCCCUUAUAGGUACAAAUGCUUCUUAGACGCCUAUAAAGGUUAUCACCAGAUCAAAAUGUCCAAAGAAGACGAAGAAAAAACGGCGUUUCAUACCGAUGUGGGCAUCUUUUGUUACACCAAGAUGCCUUUCGGUCUACGAAACGCCGGAGCCACUUAUCAGCGACUCAUGGAUAAAGCUUUCGAAACACAAAUCGGCAGAAACUUAGAAGUGUAUGUUGACGAUCUGGUAAUCAAGAGCAGGGAAGAAAAACAAAUGCUUGAAGACAUUGAAGAAACUUUCCAAAAGCUCAGAGAAUACAAUAUCAAACUCAACCCCAAGAAAUGUUCAUUUGUGGUAGAGGAGGGCAAGUUCCUGGGAGUAGUAGUUACCCGGGACGGCUUUAAAGCUAACCCAGAAAAGGUAGCCGCCAUAACGCGGAUGCCCUCUCCCAGGACGUUGAAAGAAGCGCAAGCGUUAAAUGGGCGUUUAGUGGCUAUAGACAGAUUCUUGGCAAGACACGCUGAGAGGUCUUUGCCAUUUAUAAGGACAUUAAAAGAUUUCCUCAACAAGAAAAAUUUUAAAUGGACCAGUGAAGCGGAGGAAGCCCUACAAGACAUGAAACGCUUCAUCGAGAAACUACCCAUGCUAACAGCUCUAUACCCAGAAGAAGUGCUUAAAAUGUAUUUGGCAGCGGCCCACAACGCACCUGAGAUCUCCGGAAGAUUGGCUAAAUGGGCAAUUGAGUUGGGAGCUUUGGAUAUCGAAUAUCAAAAACGCACAGCAGUUAAGGGACAAGUCAUCGCCGAUUUUUUGGCUGAAAUUCCUGAUGGAGAAACUAUAUUAGACCCCGCUAUCCAUGAUAUCCUGGAAUUCAGUACCGCCAGGCAAACCUGGAAACUUUACACAGACGGGUCAUCCAGUGGAAAAGGUUCCGGAGCAGGUCUAAUGUUGAUAAGCCUUGACGAGAUAAGGAUGAUGUACGUCUUACGUUUCGAUUUCGAGUGCUCCAACAACGAAGCAGAAUAUGAAGCGCUACUGGCGGGAUUGAGAAUGGCCCAAUCCAUGGGGGCUGCACGACUGGACGCGUAUGUUGAUUCUUUAUUAGUUAGUAAUCAAGUAAAUGAGACCUAUGAGGCCAAAGAUGAAUCAAUGGCGAAGUACCUGGCUAAAACAAAGGAGCUCAUAGCUUCAUUUGAUAACGUCACACUCCAUCAUGUUCACAGGGGAAAAAACCAAAUAGCGGACGCUUUGAGCAAACUUGCUACCUCGGGUAUGGAAAAAGAAGUAAAGGUCGAAACAUUACAGAUGCCCUCAAUCGAACCUCGGGAUGUUUUCGCCGUUACAGCGGAAGAACCUUGGUGGUACACUCCAAUAUUAAAAUUUCUUACAAAAGGGGAGUUACCCCCUGCUAGGGGCGAAGCUCAGAAGAUACAAACUAAGGCGCUGCAAUAUGAAGUUAACAAUGGCAUCCUAUACCGAAAGUCAUAUCUGGGACCACUCAUGCGGUGUGUAUCCCCGGCGGAAGCAAAAUACUUAAUCCAAGAAAUACACGCGGGUAUAUGCGGUAUCCACGCUGGACCCCGGGCAGUUGUGGCCAAAAUCCAUAACGCCGGGUAUUAUUGGCCUUGGAUGCACGAAGACGUGGUAGAUGAACUCAGAAGAUGCCGUAGUUGUCAAAAAUUUGCCCCCCCAAACGCUCCGACCCAAGAACAACUUAAUCCCGGUCACAGCGGCCUGGCCUUUUCAAAACUGGGCGAUAGACAUUGUGGGACCAUUCCCGCUGGCCCCCGGAAAACUAAAAUACCUGAUUGUGGCGAUCGACUACUUCACCAAAUGGAUCGAAGCCAAACCCUUGGCUAA